GUCGCAGAUAAGGGGACGUGAACAGCCCUUCGGUGGGUCGGGUCUACUAAAACUUCUCAACGUGACAGUGUUUAUUUCCACGGGGCCGUGGGGGGGACACCUUUCAUUCCUCUGUCACUGGAUGAAUUGUGCGUAGUUUGGAGUGGAAACGCCGAAGCCGUCAAACUCCUCGCUUUUUAACACUUUGAGAUACUAACGCUGAUGGGACAUGGCGAUGGCCUCUCCAUCAACAUCAACCACAGGGCCAGCUACGGCAUCUGAGUCAGAGCUCUCCCGCCUGGGGGGCGUCGAGGCCUUGAAGCUGAAAGUGGGGCCGGUGCGGAGGAACCUCUUUGGGCCCGUGGACCACCAGCAGCUGCAGCAGGACUUCCAGAAGCUCCUCUGUAUGAGCGUGGAGGUGGCCAACAAGCGGUGGAACUUCGAUUUCCAGACUGAUCUGCCAGGAGAUGGCUCCAGCAUCGAGUGGGAGGAGCUCAGGUGCCAGGAAGUGCCGGCAUUUUACCGCAGCUGCAUGAUGAGGCCAGUGGUGCGGCCUGGAGUCGGAAUGACAAAGGGCAUAAGGCGGACGUCGUCUUCUUCGGGCGAGGGUUCCCCAAUGUCCAGCAGCUCGUCUGGGUCUGGGGAUGAGUACCUGGAAGUGACCACCAGGGGCUGCUACAGGGUGCAACGGCCAGGCAAACGUAGACAGUCCGCCAUCACAGAUUUCUUCAAGGUGAAGAAGAGGCGGCUUCUGCAUUACAAAGAAUCUUCCCGGCAGUAGAAAAGCACGACGAGACCCAGUGGAGGAUCAUUAAGUGGUCCGCAUCCCUCCUCACGUCACCUCACAUAGAUAUGUGUCAUAUCAUAUGUAUAUAUGUAGCAGUUCGCAACUGACUGCCCACAAGCUCAUACAGCGUGGGCUGAAAAACUCCUCUGACGCCACAUACCUUUAAUUCUCAGCACAAGGAAGCUACAGUUUUCCUUUUUAGAGUCUGUAAAUCAAACUCAGACUCUAGAAACGGUUUUUGUGGAUAAUUACGAAUUUAUACUGUAUAUAUUCUAUAUACUGUUUUCCUCAGCUGACUAAACUGUGAAAUAAUUUUGAAUGCACUCUUUCAGGAAAUAACAAAAAAAAACAAAAAAAAAACGGGCUCUAGUUCUACGAGGUUAAGUUUCUCCUGAACGGGCCUUGGACCUCAAUCCUCGACCUUUGUUCUCCCUCUCGCUAAAAGUCGUAAGAGGUUUUGAUUAGAUGAGUUGCUAUUCCUGGCCUCGCAUCACACUUAGCCUUUAGUCUCACCCCACAGCUCCGAAAGCUCUAGUAGAGCCAGGGGUCAAAACCUCACCCGGGGUUCAAAAUUUUGGCAGUGCGACUGUGAUUAGUGCCAGGUCAAAGGUCAACGGUGGAGGUUUAGCGAUGAGGUAAUGCGGCCGUACCCGUACGACAGUGACUUAAAUUCAGAGUAAAAAUAAUAAUGUUCAAUAUGUGACUAUUUAUUUAUUAUUCACGGUGCUAGUUCAUCGUCUAAAUAAAAUAAAAGAAAAAAAUAGGCAAGCAAUGUGUAAACGAGGUAAGAUAAGGUGUUUGUGGAACCCUGUGCCAUUGCCCCCAAAUUAUGCCUAAGACUAUAAGUCAUCAUGGCUCAUAUACACUCCACCGUUGCCACUCAAAAAUAUUGGCCAUAUAUAUUUUACACCAUCACAACAUAGCAAAAUAUGUAAAAACUAUAUUCUCUUUUUGCUUUGUAUUAUUUGCAUAAUGGGGUUGUAAAAAUCUACUUUUUGGCAACAGACCAGAACAUACCUUAUUUAGCUGUAUGCUGUUUUUUUUUUCAGUUUUAUGCUUUUAAAAAUGUAGCAUUUUCCUCUCUUUGUCUUCAUGCGAUAUCCACCUAGUAGGUUUUAAAUACGCCUCUUUUCUCCAUGAAGGGAAUGUAGCGUUUUAUCACUGCGUUGCAGCUCAGAAGAAUCUAAACAUUUGGUUCUACUUUUGGUAAUUUUUUUGUUGAGCUGCGUCACAUAUUCUAUCGCCGUGCAGUUUCAGAAGUGUUUGCAUUGUUUAUAUCUGCGUAUAGAUGUUUGUGUGUGUGAAUGUGUUGAUGUGGUUUUAUCUAGAGGUUUUCACCAGUUGUUAAAAGUUGUGGCAGCUGAGGCCGUUGAACCAAAGAGAAAUUUCGAUGCCAUUUAAUCAGAAAUACGUCAUUUACACAAGUCGCUUACAGUCUGAGUGACCAGUUAUGGGUCACAGAACGUCUCAAACGCAUUGCGAUAUUCAGGUAUCAAGUGAAAACAUACAAAAAAAAAAAAAAAAGACAAAAUUGCUGCAUUUUGAAACCAA